GUGCGUACUUUGCGUUCCCUCGCCCAGUUACUGGGUACCCAGUACCCGGCUACCCGGUUAGCUUUYUUAAGAUUCGGAGGUAGCUGUUUCUGCCCUACGUGGGAGUGAGGGGCCAGCCCUCUUCGGCCCAGCCAACCCUGCGGGCCGAUCGCUCAUCCAUGGGCCCAACCCGGAAGCCCAACGUGUGCCGGAGGCUGAGUCGCCGGGCGCUGGGCUUCUUCGCGCGCGACGCAGGCGUGGUGCAGAGGACGAACCUGGGCAUCCUUCGGGAGCUGGUGUGCCAGGAAAGUACUAAAUUUAAGAAUGUUUGGACAACUCAUUCCAAGUCACCUAUAGCUUAUGAGAGAGGAAGAAUAUAUUUUGACAAUUAUCGGUGCUGUGUUAGCAGUGUUGCCUCAGAGCCAAAAAAACUCUAUGAAAUGCCAAAAUGUUCCAAAUCGGAAAAAAUAGAGGAUGCUUUGUUAUGGGAAUGCCCAGUGGCAGGCAUUCAGCAACCCAUUUUGUUGUACCUUGCAGUGUUCCAAGUUCUACCUUUUUCUCUUGUAGGCGUUCUAGAGAUCAACAAAAGGAUUUUCGGGAACGUAACAGAUGCUACUCUGUCUCAUGGAAUACUGAUUGUGAUGUACAGCUCAGGACUGGUCAGACUCUAUAGCUUCCAAGCCAUCACUGAACAGUUCAUGCAACAGAAACUUGACUUAGGGUGUGCAUGCAGAUGGGGUGGGACUACUGGAACUGUAGGAGAGGCUCCUUUUGGCAUUCCUUGUAAUAUUAAAAUCACAGACUCACCACCACUGCUCUUUGAGGUGUCAUCCCUGGAGAAUGCUUUUCAGAUUGGAGGCCAUCCUUGGCACUACAUCAUCACACCCAAUAAGAAGAAACAGAAAGGAGUUUUCCAUAUUUGUGCCCUAAAAGAUAAUUCAUUGGCAAAAAAUGGGAUCCAAGAAAUGGAGUGCUGUUCUUUGGAAUCAGACUGGAUUUAUUUUCAUCCUGAUGCUUCUGGGAGAAUAAUACAUGUUGGCCCAAAUCAAAUCAAAGUUUUAAAGCUAAAUGAAAUAGAAAAUAAUAGCUCUCAGCAUCAGAUCUCUGAAGAUUUUGUCAUUUUGGCCAACAGGGAGAACAAAAAUGAAAAUUUAGUCACUGUUACUGCUUCUGGACGGGUGGUCAAAAAAAGUUUUAACCUUCUGGAUGAUGACCCAGAACAAGAGACUUUCAAAAUUGUGGAUUAUGAAGAUGAGUUGGAUUUGCUUUCUGUGGUAGCUGUUACACAAAUAGAUGCUGAAGGAAAAGCUCACCUGGAUUUCCACUGUAAUGAAUAUGGAACUUUACUUAAAAGCAUUCCACUAGUGGAGUCAUGGGAUGUGACAUAUAGCCAUGAAGUCUACUUUGACAGAGACUUGGUGCUACACAUAGAACAGAAACCAAACAGGGUCUUCAGCUGCUAUGUUUACCAGAUGGUAUGUGACCCUGCGGAAGAAGAAGAAAUCCUAAAGAAAAGUUGUUAAAAGGAGUGAAAUAAUUAUAACUUAUGAAACUUUUAGCCAAACAACCCAGCAACUGUGUUCCAAUCCUCCUUUUAUUAUUUGCAUGGCACAUUCUGCAGUAUUUUCCAGAAAAAGUGUUCGGUUGACUUUAGAUGACUAAAGCUCUUWCCAUAGAAGGUGCUGAGAACUUCAUUUUAUGAAAAGGUUUGUGUAUUUUUUAAAAUGUUGUCCCAACAAGUCUAGUUUUUUGGACUUUUAGCUACGUGCUAAUGCAAAUAUAAAAUGCUGAAAGCAGAAAGGACAGGUUAAUUCCAGUUGGUGUGGAGAGUGUCACUGAUGUGGAGAUGUCUAACCCAGUUCUUAAAGGACAGUAUAGAAUUGUGAUUGGUAAGGGUAGGAAAGAGACAAAAAUAGAUACAAAUUAUAGAUUCAGAAAAAAUUCUGUCUACUCUGUACCAAAUUUUGCUUGAGGAUGAGAAAUGAGGUGUAGAAUGUGAAAACAUAGUUUUGAGCCAAAAUGUUGACAUUAAGAGUGUUUUUUUUAAAUCAUAUAUAUGUAUAUAGGAUUUUGUAUUUGUAUACCGUAUCAAGGAUUAACUCUAACUCCCAAAUUACCUUUCUUCCAUGGUUUUAUUCUUUUGGCUUAAUGUCCCAUUGAGUAUUUGUGCUUGUAUUAUAGACUAAUAUAAAAGAUUCCAAGCAAACGUGAAUGAAAUUUUUUCUGAUAUGUAGCCUUUUUAACUCAGUGUUUCUAAGGAUGCUCUCAUUUCACCAUUCUAUUUAUUUAGUGAGUCUAACCAUUUUGUUGAGGCAAUAUUUUCAUACCUAUGCAAGAAAAUAAAGGUACUCUGACCUGCACCAAUUGAAUUCCCUGGAGAAGAGUUGAUAAGGUCCCAGAGGAAGUUCUUCCUAAUGUGAAAAUUACCCAAUUAGCCAGAGAAAAAUUUGGCUAUCUUAGUUAUGAAAGGAGUAUUUUUCCCUUCAUUUUUAAGAACAAGUCUAAAUAUGAUACUUAAACUCCAAUAAUCAUUCUUCAUACUAUUAAAAAAAGGCAGCUAAGCCUUUAUAUAGGGAGGAAACGUUUCUUUAUACUUCCUGUCUGAGAAAUGCAGUUAUUGCAAUCCAUAUGUUUAGCAUAUUUCUUUGGUUCAGCCUCAGAAAAAUAACUAGUUUAAAAAAAGAAGAAGGAAACAUUUGUUUAAAAAAAAUCAUUGCUGAUUCAAGCUUAAAAUUAAAAUGUGGAAUUUUAGCUUGAAUGAUUUACAUUAAAAUCCUUCAGUUUUGGCUCAAUCCCAUAUUAAGAAUGAUGUGAAAUCUAUUCCAUUCUGCCCUUGAAAGUUUGGAAAUAGAUUUCAGAUUUAUUAUGAUCAUAGGACUAACAAAGUGUUAGCUGUUCCAAACGUUAAGGAAUUGGUAGCAGGGUCAGUAAAUUUAAAGGAAAUAAACCUAAAACUGUCCUUUAUGUAAAAGGAAAAAAUAAAUAAAUAAGGGAUAUUCAACUUAUAGUUUUUCUUAUCUGAUGCUUGGAACUAGAAGUGUUUUAGAAUUCUAUUUUUUUCCAAUUUGAGAAUAUUUGCAUGUACAUAAUGAGGUCUUGGCAAUGAGACCCAAGUCUAAAUAUGAAAUGCUUUUAUGUUUCAUAUAUACCUUAUUCACAUACCCUGAAGGUCAUUUUAUACAAUGUUUCUAGUGUGCCUACUUUUUUUUUUUUUUUUUUUGGUGGUGCUGGGGAUUGAACUCAGGGCCUUAUAUAUGCAAGGCAAGCACUCUACAACUGAGCCUUGUGUGCCUACAUUUUGACUGUGUUUUAUCACAUGAAGUCAGGUGUUAAAAUUUUCCAUUUGUGGCAUCAUGUUAGUAAUCAAAACGUUUCAGAUUUUGGACUUUGGAUUUUUCAGAUUAGGGAUACUUAACCUGUACUGACAUUAUAAAAUAAGCUGAAAUAUUUAUAUGUGAGCUAAAAAUAAUUUUUUCUGAAUCUGAUCCUCUGUAUAAUAACCAUCUGGGAAAGUAGAAGUGAUUACCUCACAAGCAAGAUGAUAAAAUUAUCUUCAUGUUAAAUUAUAAUAUUUAUUAUCUGCUUACUUAAAAAUAUAUUUUGUGCAUAUUUAAUAAAUACUGUUUAAUAUCUCUUAAGCUUUCAGAGAUUUUAAAGAUAUUAUUAUGAUUACAAAGCAAUUAAAUAGUUAUAGUGUGCUARAUCUUGCCGCAAAUUUUCAGUUAGACACUAGCUAUAUCUAAGCAAUCCUGCAUAGUAAAUGUACAUCCUGAAAAACAAGUCUGGUAAGAGGAGCACAAUAGCAGAGAAAAGAAAGAAAACAAUGCUAUGUGAGCUUCAAAGCAAGUGCAGUGCUGUGUAUCAGCAGUGUUUGCUCUUCAUUUCUAGAGAACAAGGUUGUCUUUAGACUUCAGUUCUGGCAGAGUUUUGUUGUUUUUAAGGUAGUUAUUGGGUUUUUCCUCUUUUAAUUCAUCGYCGACUUUUAAUAAAACGAUAGAGAGGAACUCAUCUACUCAGAAAGGCAUUUGAGAAAUACCUGCAGUGCCUGGCAGGGUUAGGAGUAGGAUCCUUCUAGUCUAGAUAGGAAUAGACCACUAAGAAAUUUGUAAUGUAUCAUCACCAUUGAAAUCUGACUAGACUAGGCCAAAUGCCAUACAGGAUAGGCAGGAAAUACACCUAGUGUGAAAGACAGUAGGGAAUUGUGGACAAUGUAACAAACAGGAGAGCUAAGUCCCAACUAAAAGGAUAAGCUGCAAGUACUUAGUUUCAGCCAAUUUAACAAUAUAUGAGAAUGUAAACUAGAURAUUGAUAAACAAUGCCAGAUGUCUGGGGUUGUAGCUCAACAGUAAAGUGUACACAGCAGGUGCAAGAGUGCUGAGUUCAAUCCUCAGCACUGCAAAAGAAAAGAUGCCAAAAGAUACUGAAGAUAGCAAAGAAUGUGGGAAAAUUAAAUAGCACAAAUAACAAGAGACAGUACUAUAUGCUUCCCCAAAGAUAUGGGCUUCCUAUCAUUCUAAUGUCAUGCACCUUCUCAUUCUGCCACCUGUCAGACAGCAGACUUUGCUAUUCAGUUUGUGGGUGAUAGGGCAUGAUACUUAACAUCUUCCUGUCCCACCUUGACCCUACCUCUCCACUGGCUAUGUGACUCUAACUAUGUGCCAACAUACUUAAUAAGUGCUAGUGACAGGUACAAAACAUUAUGGGUAAAAUUUCUGAGUGUUUAAUACAAGACCCAGUGAAGUAGGUUGCUUUUCAGCAAGUACAGACAUUAAACUGAAAAGAGAUACAUUUCUGCAUUUCACUCCUUGAUCUAAGUUUCUGUAUUUUCACACUAUCGAUGCAACAAGUUUAUUAUUCUUUGACUUUCUACAUUAUUUCUUUCAACUCUGGGAGAAGACAAAACAAAUCCUAUCAGUUAUUGUUUGAACAGACAAAUGAAGAGAAGAUAAUAUUCUAUUUAAACAAAUUAAGGCACUCAACAUUCUUCUACCAAUUGAAUGUUUUGUAUCUUAUGCACACUUAUUUUUAAUAACGGAAACUUAAUUUUAUUAUUUCCUGUAUACCAGUCAUUAAGACACAUGUAAAAUGGUUGUCUCACUUGAUAUUCAAAAUAAUCAUAUGAGGUAUAAGCUAUCAUCUUUCCCUUUUAUACAUAUGAGAGAAGAAAGUGAAGCUUAUAUAAGUUAAUUUGCUCAAGUUCCUGUAAUUAAUAAAUGCAGAGAUGGGAAACACAUGUUGAUUUUUUUUUUAUAAACUUAUGCCAGUUUUCUCCAACACUCUCAAAAGGCAGUGGAUGUUAUUUUAGCCUAUAUGUGGUAUAACAUACUUAGAAUUAUAAUAGGUAUGAAGGAAAGUGUUUAGUUUUUUUUUUUUUUUUUUUUUAAGUACUGAG